GUGAGUGAGUAUGCACAGGUCCAAGCCCUCAUUGUGAUACAGUUAAACAUGUGAUAGCAUUGUGGCAUAAUGGGAGCCGUGGAAGGACAUUGUUAAGGGACCUUCUUGGCUCAUUUCUGAUGGAGCUCCAGCUACUGCUGCCACCAAGGGAGGUGGAGGCAUUGAAUACUCUGCCUCCUUCUCUUCUUCUUUUCCCAACCCCUUUCCCCGUCUGUGAAUUCUGCCUCCCUUUCAGAUGAAAUGGAAGCAUCAUUCCUUAAGUCUUGAGCUCUUAAAAAAUUUAUCCCCAACUGCAGCACCUCUGUUCCCAUUACCAUUCGAGAGGCUUCUAACCAUCCAGGCCUACUUCCUCUAUUUGCUUUUCUCCCCAUCACCACUCACAGGGUUCCCCAAGUGCCUCAGGGCUUCACUGGGCUUGAAGAGAGGGAGAAAUUGAAUAAAAGUAGGUGUGUGCCUUUGUUGCGGGGUUCAGGCAUGAAGAGCUGCAACUAUAGCUCCCGCCUGGAGCUGGAAUAUAGUUUCUUAAAACAUUGUAAAGAGCGGUGGCUUACAAGAAUCUUGGUGGGAUUUAACUUGAAUAUGUGCUGAGUCUGUAGAACAGUUUAAAUGGAAAUAACAUUCUUAGUUUGUCUUCAAUCCAUAGACUUGGUAUAUGCCUUGACUUACUUGUCUAUUCAUUUAAUAUUGCGCAAUAAACUUUGUAUUUCUCCCCAGUGAGGCCUUAAAGAUCUUUGUCAUAUAUAUUUUGAGAUUAUUGAUGUUUCUCAUUUGUCAUGUAUUUGUACAUAUAUACAUUUUGUACAUAUUUUUUAACUUACAUUUUCUAUAGUUUGUUGCUACCAUAUGCAAUCAAAAUACCUCCCCUCCAAAGGAAGAAAUAAAGAUAGCUUAGUUCUUUGGUUUCAGAGACACCUCAUUUGAAAUGACAGUUGACUCUGUCAUGAUCUAUUAAAAUAAAAAAAAUAGAAAUACCUUUCAACUUAGAAACUUCACUCCUGGGACUUUUUUCCGCUGAAAUAAAAGCACUUGUUUUUAAAGAUAUAUGUUCAUAGAUGUUUACUGCAGCAUUGUUUGUGACAGCAAAAAACUAGACAUAGAAUGAAUGCCCAUUAAUAUGGAAAUGAUUGAAUACGUUAAGUACAGCCACACGAUGGAAUGUUAUGUAGUCAUUAAAGUAAAAUGAAUUAGAGCUGUUCCAAUGCACAUGAAGAGAUUUCUAUGAAGUAUUGAUUGAGAGAGAAAAGGAAGAGGCAGGGAAAGUAUAUCUUUUAUGAUUUUUUUUACAAAAAUUACAUCCCUGUGAGUGUGUAUAUAUACACAUAGACAUAUGUGUAUAGUAAGAAUUUAGAGAAAAAUACAUAUAUAUGUAAAAUAUGUAAACGUGCUAGAUUGUUAACAUGGAGGAGGGUGGGGUGAUGUGGCUGUGUAGGUGAGGGGGGCAGAACAGUUUAGGCAUAUUGCUAUUUUAUGGGCUUUUAUGGCUGGGGCUGGACACUUCCUUUUAAUAAUAUUAUUAUUAUUUUUUGAGAUGGACUCUGUCACCCAGGCUGGAGUGCAGUGGUACGAUCUUGGCUCACUGCACCCUCUGCCUCCUGGGUUCAAGUGAUUCUCCUGCCUCAGCCUCCCAAGCAGCUGGGAUUAUAGGUGUGUGCCACCAAACCCAGCUAAUUUUUGUAUUUUUAGUAGAGACAGGGUCUCACCAUGUUGGCCAGGCUGGUCUCAAACUCCUGACCUCAAGUAUUCCGCCUGCCUUGGCCUCCCAAAGUGCUGGGAUUACAGGUAUGAGCCACUGCGCCUGGCCAAUAAUAUUGUUUUAAUAGAAAAAAUACAUUCCAUAAAGCUGAACCACAGGGUUCUCUAUUAAUGGAGACCAGUAGCAUUAAUGUAAAACGCUAACUAAUAGUUCAAAUCAUAUUUUUUACUGAAUUGGGAGAUUUGUGUUUUCCUUAAGGGCAGUCGAAUAUGAAGUUAUGUUUUCACAAGAACAGCUUGAAUUUCCUCAGCUAAGUCCAGUAGGCACCAGAGUGGGCAGGUGGGAUGCACAUGCACAGAGGGAUACACACAUGCACACACAUGUGCACACACAUGCAAGCACAUGCAUACACACAUACAUGCACAAGCAUACAUGCCUGCACCCUGAGUCACAGAUUUCUGAGGAAUCACUGUCAUCACUAUAAGGUAAGUCUUUUGAGUUAGAAGAGACCAAGAGAUGGUUUCCUUCCCUUACAGCAUUUCUAAGGAAAUAAGUGAGGACCAGACAAGUGAAAUGACUUGGCCAAGGUCUCAUAGUUAAGUCUUUAGAAGCUGAGUGGGAGCCUGGAACCCAGGACCUCAUGGAUUGCAGUCCCAAUUUGUAAAGUGAUACUCUCUGGAAUCAUAGGAUUAACAACUUGGAAAAGGCCUAUGAUACUCCUGGUAAACCUCUUUGUGCUGCUCUCUGUGGUUUGUGUCCUCUUAAAUCUAGCUGGAUUUAUCCUAGGCUGCCAAGGGGCCCAGUUUGUGUCCAGCGUGCCCAGGUGUGAUCUGGUGGACUUAGGUGAAGGCAAGAUUUGCUUCUGUUGUGAAGAAUUUCAACCAGCCAAGUGCACAGACAAAGAAAAUGCCUUGAAACUCUUUCCGGUUCAGCCCUGUAGUGCUGUUCACCUUCUACUUAAGAAAGUCCUCUUUGCCCUGUGUGCCUUGAAUGCCCUGACCACCACCGUCUGCUUGGUGGCCGCUGCCCUCCGCUACCUGCAGAUAUUCGCAACCAGGAGAUCCUGCAUCGAUGAAUCCCAGAUUUCUGCUGAAGAAGUGGAGGAUCAUGGACGCAUCCCGGACCCUGAUGAUUUUGUGCCGCCUGUGCCUCCCCCUUCCUAUUUUGCCACAUUUUACUCGUGCACACCCCGGAUGAACCGCAGGAUGGUUGGUCCUGAUGUUAUUCCCCUGCCACACAUCUACGGAGCUCGAAUCAAAGGUGUGGAAGUGUUCUGUCCUCUGGAUCCCCCGCCGCCAUAUGAAGCUGUGGUGAGCCAGAUGGACCAGGAGCAGGGAUCUUCAUUCCAAAUGUCAGAAGGAUCAGAAGCUGCUGUGAUCCCAUUGGAUCUGGGCUGCACACAAGUGACUCAAGGUGGGGACAUUCCUAACAUACCUGCCGAAGAAAAUGCAUCCACAUCAACUCCCAGUUCAACCCUGGUGCAUCCUAUCAGAAGCCGGAGAGCCCUCCCACCCUUGAGGACCAGGUCAAAGAGUGACCCUGUGCUCCAUCAUUCUGAGGAGAGAGCUGCCCCAGUGCUCAGCUGUGAAGCUGCAACACAGACUGAAAGGAGACUGGAUCUGGCUGCAGUGACUCUGAGGAGAGGUUUGAGAUCUAGAGUUUCGCGAUGCAGACCGCGGUCUUUGAUAGAUUACAAAUCCUACAUGGACACCAAGCUGCUGGUGGCGAGGUUCCUGGAGCAGUCCUCUUGUACCAUGACCCCAGACAUCCAUGAACUUGUAGAAAACAUUAAAUCUGUUUUGAAAUCUGAUGAGGAGCACAUGGAGGAAGCCAUCACAAGUGCCAGUUUUCUAGAACAGAUAAUGGCCCCAUUGCAGCCCAGCACAUCCAGAGCCCACAUGCUGCCCUCGCGGAGACAGCCUGGCCUGCUGCACCUCCAGAGCUGUGGCGACCUUCACACCUUCACACCAGCGGGGAGGCCCCGAGCCGAGAGGAGGCCCCGGCGAAUGGAGGCUGAGCGGCCACACAGCCUCAUUGGGGUCAUCCGAGAGACUGUCCUGUGAACCCUGGAAGACAGAAGGCCACUCCAAGGGGAAGGAUCCCUCUCCUCUCUGCCAUUUCUUGGCUGGGAGCUGUGGUCCACCUCAAAAAAAGGAGCACUCUGGAGGACACGUUUUCCCACCUGUAGGCUCCCGUGUCUGCUGACUGAGGGCAUUCAGGAGUAAAUGCACAGGUCGGUCCAGGCCCUUCUGGGUUUGGGAUGCACUAAGUUGGAGGUUAUGAAAGCAUUGAUCCUCUCCUUCCUCUGCUGGGCCUCGCAGCAUUCCCAAGGGUCACAUGCCCUGGCAUGGGCAGAAACCGGGCUAAUGAUUCUUUGCCCACUUCACCCCUCGUGUCUCUCUUUGUUGCUAAGUUCUUUCCCUCUUGGAAGGACAGAUCUGCCGGGCUGCUAUUUAUAGUUGCCUUUGGCCUUUCACUGCUCUGCGAUUUGGCAGGAAAUAAGGCGAUUAACCCUAUGUGUCCACAAGCCUCGAGCCUUGUUUCAGGUCACCCUCAAAUCACACUCUCUUUAGGCAAAACAGGAAACUUCUUAAGUGACAAAUUUUAAUGCCAGACAUUUAAGGAGAGGAUUAUUGUUGAUUCCAUUUACUCAUGCUUGCAAAACUAGAGACCCCUAAGGCAGAACUGAGAAUAAACAUGUUUACUUUGGGCCACUGGGCUUGAUGUGUAAUAUUUGUUUACACUUAGGUGGCCAGGCCUUACCAUACAGAGGGCUGGGGACUUGGAGCUGUGGUGGUCAGGCUUACCGGGCAGGCCACUGAACCAGUUUAAUUUAUAAAGCACCUGAAGCCCGUGGAUAACAUGUAUCCUUCGUUCAUUCAGCAAGCACUUGGCUGGAUGGCUUCAUGGAGCUGCCUUCUCAUGGGAUCACGGACAAUAAAUCAAUAAAGUAAUUACAGAUUGGGGAUUAUUGCUGAAAAAGAGCAAUAGGUGGUUAGAGGGGCUUCUUCUUCGAGGAAAGGGCACUUGAGCUGAGUCACGACUUAGUGGAUCAGGGAAGAAUGUUCCAGGUAGAGAGAGAGGGGCGAAGAACACCAGAGGCCACUGUGACCACAGCCCCGAGUCAGGGCAGCGGUGGGCAGUAGCUGCACAGGCUGCCUGUUGUGCUAGCAAUGAGAUACUGUUGAGGAGUUUUCAGCAGAAGAGUGAUGGAUGUCAGCAUAUUUUCAAAAGAUCACCGUGCUGCAUGGAGGAUAGUUUGGGUCAGACAUGAGUGGAGGUGAGGAGUUGAGUAAAGAGGUUACAUAGGAAAUGGAGUACUGCUUCUUGCUGGGCACUGCCUGUGCACCAGAUACUAUGCUAAGAGCUUUGCACACACUCCUAUUUUCUGCUCAUGACAGCAUAGGCGGUGGAAGCUGUUAUUGUCCCUAUUUGACAGAUGUGGAAAAUGAGGUUCAGUAAUUUGCACACGGUCCCUCCGCAGCUAAGGGGUGGAGCUGACAUUCACACCCAGGCAGUCCAACUCCAGAAACUGCUCUGUUCCUCGACCUCCCAAACAUGAAAUUGGUUUGCCAUUUCAUGCUUCUGUGAGAAAGGGCUGUUAAGACUUCUGGCUUGCCUCUCCAGACCACAGAUUUCCUGGGUCCAAGCCAAUGAACCAUGCCAGAGUGGGAACUGUGGUGGGGACAAGGGAUGGAGGGGAAAGACACUUGUGUGGAGGUGCUGAGCUGGGGUGGGAAGGGGGCUGUGGAAACAGCCCUAGAAAUGGGAGAGAUGGAGGGCUGUGAACAGGCUGGGGUCAGGCCCCUUGCCUGGGGUCAGCAGUGUUUGGGGAAGAUCUACAGUGACAUCUCAGAAUGACAUUUUCUCCGUUCUUAUCCGCCCAUUCCCAGAAACUGAAUUCCCCUUCAGGCUCAUGAUCUUUCCAUUUCUCUAGGAGUCCUCCUGUCAGCACCAUAGCUGUCCAGUGGGGUCUGGCCCACUGCCCGGGGUAAGCCCUUGCCCUGUUUGAGGGCCUCACCGUAGUUCUCCAACAUUCCGUGGACUGCCCAUGCGGCCCAGUCUAAUUUCUUCUCUCCUUCACAGCUCCUUGUGUACCCCCAAACUGGUUUCUCCAAGUGAGGCCCCACAGCUCUUAGCCAACCACUUUGUCCCACUCCUAUAGCCAGGCAAGAGAAGGGACUGGCCUUUCCUUCCCUCACUCAGGCCUGGCUGCGCCUUUCUCACUGCUCUGGAAUCUUUUUUUUUUUUUUUUUUUCCCAGCUGCAUCCCUCUCCACCUUCCCUUCUGAACCCUAUUGCUCACCUCCACCUGCCACUGCAGGCCUCCCUGUGUACCUGAAAGGCUCAAGGAAGACAGGUGGGCACCACAAGUGUGAACAGUGUCUGGCUUCUAGCUUUGGGGGGACAGUCACAGAGAUGGCCUCAGCCAUCCCGAGGAAUGAGAAAUUGCCAGCAACAACUGGAAGAGGAAAGGAGGCAUAAAGCCUGAGAGCAUCAGUUAGAUGGACACCAGGAGCAAGUGGGGGCCUGUCUUAGCUUCACGGAAUUGUCCCUGCAACUUCAGAAACGGCGAAAUCUGAAAACCUAUUUCUGCCUUCCUUCCCUGACUUUAAGGAGUAUUAAAGUAAAAAAAAACCCACAGAAACAUAUAUCUAUCUAUCUAUCUAUCUAUCUAUCUAUCUAUCUAUCUAUAAAACGAUAGUUUACAUAUAUUUAGCAUGGGAGGGAACUCAGAAGUCAUGUGAUUUAUCUCCUUCCUAGUUCAUCUGGGUAGUAAUAUACUUUUAAAUACUUAAGCAUUAAUAAUGAUACACAUGCUCAUAGGUUAACUGAACAUAUAUAGCGAGGGCAGCUGUUUCGCCUUUGGAGUUCCUUAGGAAUCCAUAGUCCAGUGGUUUUAACAAAGCAUUUCAAAUGUGGUUAUCAAAAUUAUACCAAAGGGUUGAUUAAUUAGCAUAAGCGAUGUUUGAAAUAAGUUUUCACUGGUGAAGUAAAUAAUGUUCACAAUAUGUGGCCAGCUAGGAGCACUGCACAGUCAUUGUUGCCUCUGUCCCAAUGAGGCAUCAGAAUCUGGUCCCCACUUUGUGAGAUUGUCACAGGAUGGACUGAGAUUCAAGCUGCUCCUUCAGAACCCCAACCUUUCAAGCAAGCUACGUGUCUGAGAAUCUGAGGACAGCUAGGACUUCCCCAAGCUUACAAACGGUUUUGUGCAGCCUUGCCAAUGAGCAUGGCUGGCUGGCAGAAUUGCCCAAGACCUGCUUUCAUUGGAGCAUCUUGAUGGUGAGGUUUGGAGGAGGAGUCUAUGGCCCCUAAUUUCCAGACGCUGCCUGUAUUUGUCAAAAGAACCAGACAUUUUCUGAACUGUCUAAUUGGGUAGGUCAGAUCAUGCUACCCCCUCAAUUUGCAGGAAAGGAAACUGAGGCCCAGUGCUAAGAAUGGGGCAGGGGUAAGAGACCAGCACUUCUGGCUGGAGUUAACCUUUGGUGUCGUCCAUUCCAUGAAUUUGAACAAUGCAUGAUGACCUGUAUCCACCACUGUAGUAGUAUACAGAGUAGUUCCACUGCCCUAAAAUCCUCUGUGCUCCACCCAGUCAUGCCUCUCUCCCCUAACUCCUGGCAACCACUGGUCCUUUGACGGUCUCCAUAGUUUUACUUUCUCCAGAAUGUCACACAGUUGGAAUCAGAUACUAUACAGCCUUUUCAGACUGACUUCUUUCACUUAGUAAUAUGCAUUCAAGUUUCCUGUAUCUUUCCAUGGUCUGAUAAUCCAUUCAAACCCUUGAAAAGUUAUUUGAUUCAAUAGUCAUAAAAGUACUCUAUCAUGUUAACAUCUCAAAACACUUACCCUCAUUUUCUGAAUUUACUCAUGUCAGGGACCAGGGAAAAACAGGUCUGCAGCCCACACUGGAUUAGUGUUCACCUGGGUUCCCACUCUAGACGGAGUCUCCUAGUUUCAUUUGUCCUGUGUGAUAGGCCCUGGGGACACUGAUGAAGAGGAUUGGGAGGUAACAGGUGGGGACCCCCUCUUCCCUCUGCACCCGUGUCUGUCUCUGAGGCUACCUGUGAGCUGAGGCCCGUCCUCACAGCGAGACCCACGGUGUGAAGAUCCAAGGCUUUGGCGAGUCGCUCAGGAUUAGGAAGAACUGGCAGAGGAAAGAAGGGGCUGCAGCCAGGCCUCCACCCAGUGGGAGUGGAAUUCUGGAAGCAGAACAAAGGGGCCCAUUUCCACCUCCCCCCAGGCUGCUGUAGGAUGCAGAGGAGGACGGUGGAGCAGGGAGGGAAGGGCCCAGGACAAGGCCAUCUUUGUUUCCGUGUUGUUCCUCCCUGAGGCCUCUGCAAGGAAAGCCAAGUCCGAAGUCAAAAGACGCCACUUUUCUUCCACUCUCUCUCUGCAGAAGCCUUCAUCCUCUCAUUCACUCAACAGGUAUUUAUGGAGCUCCAGGGUACCAGGCUGUGGGCCAGGGGCUGAGGGUAGAAUGCAGAGCAGGAAGAGGGGACACAAAAAUCACAAAUUACAAAUGCAAAGCCAUUUUCCUCUUGGCGGCUGAACCGUGCCAAGGCCCCAGCAAGGAGGAGGAGCCAAGAGAGGGUGACUUUGAGACCAACAGGUACACGCCUGGUUUCUCAGAGGCUGGCGUGAAGGCUCCCUCAUCCCUGAUUAUCAAACAGGCUCACGUGGCAGAUGGUUCACCAUCCUGGGAAUUCUUGAUGAAAAGUUAUUCCUGACUAUUGUUAAAGAUGGUAACGGGCCGAGCACCGUGGCUCACACCUGUAAUUCCAGCACUUUGGGAGGCCGAGGCAGGUGGAUCACCUGAGGUCAGGAGUUCGAGACCAGCCUGGUCGACAUGGUGAAACCCCGUCUCUACUAAAGAUACAGAAAUUAGCCGGGUGUGAUGAUGGGUGCCUGUAAUCCCAGCUACUUGGGAGGCUGAGACAGGAGAAUUGCUUGAACCCAGGAGGUGGAGGUUGCAGUGAGCCAAGAUUGUGCCACUGCACUCCAGCCUGGGCGAUAGAGCGAGUAGAGCGAGACUCCAUCUCAAAAAAAAAAAAAAGAUGGUAAGGAAGACUUAAUCAAGCAGAAGCCACCGCAGUGGGGUUCUGCAAUAUGGGAGAAAGGUCAGACUCAACCCCAAACAUAGCAGGACAAGUGGAGAUUUAUAUAGCCAAGGAGCAAUGUUGGGGUCAGUAGAUAGAAAAGUACUAAGACGAAACGUGAGGGCUGGGGCAAUUCUUGAUACACCAAGUCACUAGGAUUCUUGCUGAAGGCAGGCCAGGGUGAUAAGCUAUCAGGGUAGGGAAUGAGGAAUGUGAUCAGAUACCAAGGAUAGGAGAUUUUUGCUAAACUGACUCAGCAGAAUUCUUGCUAAAACUGGACUAAGAGUCCAAGAGUCAGAAAGAGGACUCAGGCAGGGUGCAAUAGCUCAUGCCCAUAAUCCCAACACUUUGAAAACUGAGGUGGGAGGAUCACUUGAGUCCAGAAGUUCAAGACCAGACUGGGCAACAUAGUGAGACCCCAUCUCUACAAAAAAGUGUAAAAAUUAGCCACGCAUGGUGCAUGUCUGUAGUCCCAGCUACUCAGGAGGCUGAGGUUGGAGGAUCACUUGAGCCCAGGAGGUUGAGGCUGCAGCGAGCCAUGAUUCCACUGCACUCCAUCGUGGGUGACAGAGUGAGACACUUUCUCAAAAAUACAAAAAAAAAAAACCAAAAAACAAAACAAAACAACCAACAACAACAACAACAAAAAACAUCAAAAAAAGAAAAAAAGGACUCAGAGGAGCCUUACUCAAGUUUGGUCAAGGGGUGAGUGUGUCAGACUCCAAGGAGCAUCUCCGUUUCUGAGUGGGAACUCUCAUCACACUGUGUCCCUUGCCUCAGGCUUGUCACUGUCUAAAGAAAAACACUCCUUUCAUUCCAACAGCUGGCAGGAUCUCUGUUUUGCCCUAACAAAGAAGCUAGAGCCAAAAUUCAGGAUGAAUCAUCAUUCUUCUCUGGCAAAGUGGCUGUAGGUCCCAGGUCUAUGGAGGCUUUCCCAGAAUCUUUUAGAUACUGUUCAUGAAUUCUGAUCCAAAAGGAACAUUUCAUAGUGCGGGCAGGAUCACAUAUUAGGCAGAAAAGAAUUCCAAGCAAAGAGAGUUGCUGGGAUUAUUCUGCUCUGGUCGCAAACUGUUUCUCCCGCCGCACUGUAUCUGCUUGGUGGAGACAAGCAGGUGUUCAACAGUAAUCAUACACCAAAAUAUGAGAGGUAUCAGGCAUGGAGGCCUCUCUCCUCAUUUUGUAGAUGAGGAGACCAACAUCCAGAGUGGUAAACAAAUUUGCUUGGUCUCAUACGAGCUGCAAGUGUCAGCAUGCCACAACUUUAGCCUGUGUCUCCUGCCUUCCAUUACAGCAGACUGCUUGCUCUUCUCUAGACUGCCGUGGCAGGGAACUAUGGGGAGGCGAAAGAAACACACCACUGGAACUCAUAGGGAGCUGAAAUGGUAACACCAGUGUGUCACUUACAAAUGGUGAUAAUGAGGCCAGGCACAGUGGCUUGCACCUGUAAUCCCAGCACUUUGGGAGGCUAAGGUGAGGGGAUUGUUUGAACCUGAGAGCUUGAGACCAGCCUGAGUAACAUAGUGAGACCUUGUCUCCACAAAAGAUAAAAAAGCCAGGCAUGGUGGUGCAUACCUGUGGUCUCAGCUACUCAGGAGGCUGAGUUGGGAGGAUUGCUUGAGUCCAAGAGGUUGAGAUUGCAGUAAUCUGCGAUGAUGGUGCCACAGCACUCCAGCCUGGGUGACAGAGCAAGACCCUGUCUCCAAAAAAAAAAAAAAAAAAGAUAAUAAUGAGUAGCACUUAUUGUGAGCCCUUCCAGAGCUGUCUUAUUAACUUAGUUCAAGUAAUCUUCACAAUAGUCUUCACAAUUCUUUACCAAUUCUUAUGACUCUACUUGAUUUCUCUUGUUUAAUUACAUUUGGCGGACAUCUCUACUACAAUGUUGAAGAGUAGUGGAAAUACAACAUCCUUGUCAUGUUCCUGAUCUUAGAGGAAAUGCCUUUGACGUUUCUCCAUUAAAUAAGAUACUAGCUUUAGGACAAAAAUAAAUAAAUAAAUAAAUAAUAUAUAAAAAUAGCAUACCUCAGUUCCUAUGUUCUUGAGGGUUUUUGUUUUGUUGUAGUUGAUUUUUGUUUGCUUCAUGAAGGGGUACUGGAUUUUGUCAAAGGCUCUCUCAGCUUCUCUGGAAAUAAUCAUAUUAUUUUUCCCCCUUAGGUUUAUUAAAGUGGACUAUGGUAUUAAUGGAUUUUGAAUAGUGAACCAACCUUGAAUUAUUGAAUAAAUCCCAUUAAUUCAUGGUGUAUUAUUUUCUUAAUGUGAUGUUGGAUUCUGUUUGCUAAAUUUCAAAAAUUUUCAAUGCUAUUUAUUAAUGAUACUGGUUAGUAUAUUUCUGUAUACUCUUUAUCUGGUUUGGGUAUCGGUAUUUUAUUAGAUUCAUAAAAUGAAUUGGGAAGUUUUCCUUCUUUUUCAGUGCUCUGAAAUAUUUUAGAGAACAUUGGUCUUUGAAGGUAUGGUAGAAUUUCCUGUCGCAGCCCUUGGUGCUUUUGUGCAGAAUAGUUCCUUAAUACAUUUCUCUAUUUCUUCUAUUAAAAUUGGUCCAUUUAAACUUUCCAGCUCUAGUGAGGAUCAAUUUUGGUAAUUUUUAUCUCCCUGGGAAAUCAUCUAUCUACUUCACCCAGUUUUUCAAAUUU